AUGGUCGAGGUGUGUCUGCUUUGUAUGAAAGGAGGACACAUCUACACGUAGAGGUAGAGAAGUAUGGGCCCAGCCACUGAGCCAGACAAAAUCUCUCGAAAUAGCUCUCUUGCUUUUGAAAGGCUAAAGAUGGAAGUAAAGUGAUGGGAGUGAAGCUAGUUACAGGGAGGCUUCUAGUGUAGUGUCCCUGGUGGGUAGACUUCAGGCUUGGAUGCCCAGUUCUUGGUCCAAGGCUCUGGAGGCCCUAUUGGAUAAUUUAGAGGUCUGCUAUGUUGCUGCUGCCUGGCACCAUUGGCAUGCUCUCAAAGCCACUGUCACCUCCCCUUCCACCCCACCAGCAGCACAGAACAGCCUUGGAGUUCUCCUUAAAGGGAUACUUCGGGAUUUUGGCAAUGAGGCUCUUUAUCUACUUCCCCAGAGUCAGAUGAACUAGUGGAAACCAUUUUUAUGUCUCUGUGUCCAGUAUGAAGGAAGUUAGAGGUAGUUUUUUGAGCCAAUGCUAACUAGCAUUAGCACAAUGACUGGAAGUCUAUGGGUAUCUACUUACAUACUAGCAUUUACCCAAAUCCAGUCAUUGCUCUAAUGCUACUUAGCAUUGACUCACGAAACGACACAGAGACAUAAAAAUGGUAUACACAAGUUAAUCUGACUCUGGGGAAAUAGAUAAAGAGCCUCAUUGCCAAAAUCCCGAAGUAUCCCUUCAAGCACACUGCUUUCCCGGGGCGCGGCAGGCCUAGCACAUAUGUCUGUAUAAAGAGUCCCCAUUAGCACCGACACGUACCCAUAAACCAUAACACUGUGUGCCGUCACUCCACUGGAUUAAUACAAACCUGUUCGAUUCCUCUGUCCCCCGGCUAUAGAAGGGGGAAAAACACACCAAAAACAAACCAAUGCUGUUCAUUCCAUAUGGCUCUUAUUCCCCAUCGCCAGCCAAAUUCCCUCUAGCCAUGUUCUCAGAGGGCAUUAUUUGGGCUAGAGUAUGUGUGUGUCUGUGUGUGUGUGUGUGCGCAUGCAUGUGUGUGUGCAAACGUGUACAUGUGUGUGUCUGUAUGAGUCUCUCCAGGAAAAACACUUACAGGAGGAAUCAGUGUGAAAAACAGCCCAGGGACAGCAUUCUCUAUGGACCGUUAAUAAAAGAUGCGGGCCAACACAAACGUGCCGAUAGAGGUUUUCGAAAGACUACUUUUCACAUGUCGUUCACGGAGAUCCUUCAGCUCCUGAUAAGUUUGCCUGUCGGAGGAGCACUCUGUCUUCUCCCCAGAGCCGCCUUAUAGCCCGUUAAGGUCCAUCAGCGUUUUCCCUUUGCCCCCUUCCUCCCAUCCCUCCAUCCCUCGUCUCUUCCCUAAUCAAAUAAAUCAAUUAAAAAUGCACAUCUGGUCAAAGGACUCCCCAGAUUUAUUUUCUUUUCGACUUCCUCUUACCCUCUACUUCCUUUUUGCUCCCUCUACACCAGACUCAGACUAUGGUCUAUCUCUCCUCUUCCCUCUUUCAUCUCUUUGCUCUCCUCUUUCCUCUCAUCUUUGGGAAAAUGUAUAAACAUACAUGUUUUCACACGUACUCUCUCCAAGGUCUUGUAACUCAAGAGUGCCUGCUACAUCAUAAAAUAGAUUGAUACCGUACACAGAGGCCAAGCAUGAUAAAUCACCAUAUAAUUUAAUGUUCAGUAGAAUGAAUGCCUUAAAUGUGUUCUCUCUAACGGUCUCUCUGGCAUGUGUGUGCUGAACAACAGGUGGCCUGCAUGCAGCUGAUCAACGCCCUGGUCACUUCUCCGGACGAUCUGGACUUCAGGAUACAUCUGCGCAACGAGUUCCUCCGUUGUGGCCUCAAGAAGAUCCUACCGGUGAGCCGCCCUGAAAAUUGGUUAGAUUUCCUUGUCGUCACAAUUUGCAAAAAAUAGUUCUCUAUCCAUCACUUUCAUUUGGUUGAUUAUUUGCGAGCUGGACACAGUCAAUAAACUGUAUGAAUGUAGGUCCAUUAUCAUUUCUACACAGUUUCGAUUUGGUUUUAGUAAUAUUAAAGUAUAUUGAGUGCAUUCCCCCACCACAAAAUAGUUUUGACUCAAACUUCUCGCGGGCUGGAUUGGACCCCUCACAUGUCGUAUGUUUGACACCCCUGAUUUUUCUGGGCCAUUACAGGAAGGUAAGAGUAACAAAUGCACAUCCCUUUAUACAUUUGUAUACUGUAUGUAAAUUGCUCCCAUUAUUAUAUUGGAGCGUUCUAGCUCACCUCACCGCGUGGCACCACCUCACUGAUCACAACUCGCUCUGCGCAUCAUCAAUCAGCAGUCAGAUCCUUGCACUCGGUUAAGACAAAUAAGCAUCCACUCAUCACUCAUGACCUAAUUUGCAGAGGGGAAUUUGCCACUUGUUAAUAAGUCAUCCUGACUGCUCCACUUGAUUAUUGCUGUCAUUAGUUCAAUUAUCUUCCUCUCUGCCCUCUGAUAUGAGUUUCCUUUACAAUCAUUUACAAAUGCCACAUUUGAAGCUUUAUUGCAAGCAUUUAAACUGACACAGGGCCCACUAAUUGUGAAUUAUUAUUGUCAAUUAUGUUGUGGAGCCAAUAUAGUCAAGUGACCAAGAGGAAAACAAAAGUGAACCAGGUUCAUGAUGAAGUACAGGGGUGUUGCUAUUGGCCCACAGUCCUUGAGUCCCCUUAUGUCUGUGGCAUUGCGUGCUGCCUCCCUCUCUGAACUGUCGUUUCCGAAGACAGAUGGCAUGCCCGAAGAGCAGUGAGGUGAUUGAUAGCUGCAGAAAUAGGGUUACAUUUGGCAUGGUGUCAUCUGUAAUCUCCAACUCUGAUGAUUCAUAGGAAAGUUGUAAAGUGCACCUUGUGGAGUGUGCAGGUAUGGAGAGCUGGGUGAUUCAGGUAUACCAGGUCGGCAGGGAAGGGAAGGAUGGGUAUCCUAGAUCCUAGUUCCCAUACAGCUGUGACAUGGCAACCAUCAACAAUGGUCUCCGGUAAUGGAACCAGUUAGGGAUGUGAUAAAUGUUUAAAUUAUUGUAUAUUUUGUAAUGUUUUUCCGUUAACACUAUAAAUAUUCAGGGCCUCCCGAGUGGCGCAGUGGUCUAAGGCACUGCAUCGCAGUGUUGCGGUGUCACUACAACCUGGGGUUCGAUCCCGGGCUGUGUCACAACCGGCCGUGACAGGGAGUCCGAUAGGGUGGCGCACAAUUGGCCCAGCGUCGUCCGGGUUAGGGGAGGGUUUGGCCGGGGGGGCUUUACUUGGCUCAUCGUGCUCUAGCAACUCCUUGUAGCGGGCCGGGCGCCUGCAGGCUGACUACGUUUCCUCCGACACAUUGGUGCGACUGGCUUCCGGGCUAAGCGAGUGGGUGUUAAGAAGCGCGGUUUGGCGGGUCAUGUUUCUGAGGACUCAUGACUCAACCUUCGCCUCUCCCGAGUCCAUUGAGGAGUUGCAGCGAUGAGACAAGAUCGUAAUAUCACAAAAAGGGGAUAAAAAAUAUUAAAAUAAAAAAUAGAAUCCACAUGAAUUCACAAUGCAGCUGCACUGCUGCCAGCAACAGUUUGGGUCUCACGGUGCAUCCCUUUCAGAUGGUUAGGCAUGGCACCUGUACUACCAUUACUGUACCUCAAUUCCACCUCGCAAAGUUUGCAUUUCCUUCUCAUUUAACUUCUCAAAGUAUUGCCAUACAUUACUUUACUGCUGUUGCUUGCCUUUCUCUGCCAUUUUUCCAACUGUUAACGAUGAUGACGUAGUGGUGGAAAGUCGACUCUAAAAUAAUUGAUUCCUUGACUCCUUGUACGUCGACUCCCGGUGUCGACUCCAAUUUCUGAUUGUCAAGAUUAUAUCGAUUAGCGUCUGCUAAAAUGACGUUAAAAAAAUAUAUGUCUCGCAACUUCAGUAAAGCAGGGCCUAUCAUCAAUGAAUAGUCUAUGAUAUUGAGAUGAGCGAGAUGCAUCACUGUUGUGGAUAUUGACCCUCUAUGCUGUUUACUUUCUGCUACGUAAAAAAAGCAUUGUUUUUCGCUUUGGGAUUUUUCUUAACGUGAAGGAUCCCAAUUUUGGUUAAACAGUUUAAUUAUUAAAUGUUCACACCCCUAGAACCAUUAUAGCUAGUACAAUGAAGUUGGGUUUGGUUUAUGUAGUACUGAAAACACUAUAUAUAAGUUAAUCUGUACGGUACUGCAUAUGCAUCCAAUGCUCUGUUGUCUAUCCAUUAAUCUCAUUAAAUCACAUUACAAUACAACACAGCCCAAUAUUUUCCAUUCCCUUGGAACAACCGAUAAUGAAGUAUUGAGUCGUCUUGUCUAUUGCCACAGUCUAUUCAUGUCUCUCUGAAUUACAGGAGAUGAAAGAGACUGAGGAGCUGGACAUCCAACUGAAGGUGUUCAACGAGAACAAGGAGGAGGACUCCAUUGAGCUCUCCCAUCGCCUUGAUGACAUCCGCGCUGAGAUGGAAUAUCCUUUUGUCUGCCUGUGCCACAGCACCGUCCAUGGAAAAGGGCUGCUGGAAAUGAGUAUAUUGUGUCGGCCUUGUCAGGCUUACAUGUCUAAAGCCAGCAUGGUCGGGUUCAUUAGAGAAGAAUUUGAGAAUCUAUGCAAUCUCCCAGACCUAUCUCUUGCCUGGUAAACCUGGUAAACAAUCUCUUCUCGCCUUUUCUUGCCUCAGUUCUUCUCGCCCUCUCAUCACCAUUCAUCAUCUCUCAGCCGUCUAGAUCUUACCUGGAUGAUGCAAGACACGGGAGGCGGCUGUCAAUCACUACCAGUUGUUUUGUCUUCAGAACAAAUUCUGUUUAUUGUAUGGCUAUCUCUUUUAAGUCUAUUGUUAUGGUACAGUAGAUCAAUGUUUUAGUGCCGUUGCUUUGGCUGGUACACCGAGGUCAAUCUUCAGUGACCUCUUUGUUUUGUCUGGUUAAUCACACCUGUUUCCAUUUGAGCAAUUAACUUACCUUUCUUCUUUUCCGUUUAGUUACAUAUGACAAGUUGGUUUCUCCAAGUCGUCCCUCUAGGUCCGCUCAACUGGAAACUUUUUGAGUGGUUAACAGUGAGCCCUAAUUGGGUCUUGAGUUUGAGACUUGUUUUAAAGCAUAUUUGGCUAGGUGCCUAAUAAUUCAAGAAGCUUCUCUAAGGGCAUUUGGAUGUGUGAAACACUGACAUGAUAGGCAGACAGUGCAGGGCCAGAUACUGUUAUACAGAUGUUCUCUCUGCCAACCUUUGUCUCCCCAAAUCCCACAGUGCUCGAAAAUCUGCCACUGAGUGCUGUGCUGAGUGACAGUUACUGUUGACGUUCCGAGAGGGAGAGAAAGAGAGAGAGCGGGAAAAACGGACACUGCACCUGGAUUAAUGAUGUGCUUGAGCAGGUUCACAAAUUAUGGGGCCCAAUGUUUGUUUCCAAGGACAAUGUGGUAUUGAUCUGUGAAUAGUGUUCAUGAUGUGCAUGCUAGCUCUAGUCUCUGACACACACAAACAUGCACACAUACACCCACACAUGCACACAUACACCCACACAUGCACACAUACACCCACACAUGCACACACACAAACACACAUUCCCGGCUGCCUCCUCUGUAGCUUGUUUUCCCUGCCUGCCUCAUGAAUAUUAACACAGAGAGACGCGUGUCCUCUGUGUCCGGCCCAGGUACGGGUGCUGAGGAGCUGACUCCGGGCCACUAAUGAAUAUUAAUGAUGCUAUGGAAUAGUGAUUGAUUGACCCUACCACUGACUGGUCCACAUCUCACCUCCAAUGCUGCUAAUUUUUAUUCAUGAUCCCCAGCUCCGCAACAUGAGUAGAAGUCAAAUGUAGCGAGAGAAAGAGAGCGAGGGAGAUAAAAAUAACUGUGUGUGGAUUUGCAUUGUUCUGUAGGUCGAGCUUUGUUCAUGUCUGCUGCUUACUGAUAGAUGUAGCUGCUUGGACACUUUCCAAGUCCGGGCUUCUUCAAUACUUACGUCCCCCCUCAAAUAGCAGUGUGGUGAGCCUAUAAUUGCAUCUCACCGGCUUAGUAAUUCUCAUCGACUUCAUCCAGGCUAAUACAGGAGUGGGAAACGAUACUUCAGAGAAGCUUGUAUUCCCAACCCCUGCGCUCGCCAAAUUUGAAAUGGGAGAACCAUUUUAAUUACAAUUGUGGCGGAAGUGAAUACGAAAAUGUCAAACAGUGUUAAAAAGGAUUGAUUUGCACUGACGGCGGUGGAUGGAUCAUGUCGUGUAUGAAAUAGUGAGAACAGUUAGAAAGCAUGAUGCAGUGUUCUGUCAUUUUGCGUGUCAAGUCUUUGCACUGAUUGUCAGGUGAUGUUCAUUCAUGCUAAAGUAAACUUUUCAGAGGUGAUCAAUGCUCAAUGAAUCAUUUGCUUUAAACAACUUUGACGGGCCGCACAACUUUGACAUGGCCUAUUCAUGUAGCUAAAAACCCCGAAACUAAGCUCGUGCAACCAUGUCCUCUCCCCUAAUCUGAGAAAAGCAGGUACUUGGUCCCUCCUUUUAAGCCCUCAGGGCAAAAAAAUUACACAAAUCAGAUGGCUUUAUUUACUGCUGGCUGACCACAGACAAAUGUGAAUGAACUCAGAGUCACUGACUGUGAAAGUGUUUCAACCCAGACAGUGUAUCACACCGCAGUCAGCACGUAAAUAUUUCAUUCAUUUAAAAUGCACAUUACAAAUUAUGAUGGCAAUACAUUUUUCAUCCCUCUCAGUUUAACACUGCACUUUUCCCCCUCACUCUAUUUCCUUGUUUUCUGCAUGUGUGCACAUAUUUCAAAUAGGGCUUUUUUUUCAUGAUUUUCAAACAAGAUGACUAUCCAUGGGAGGAUCCUUUCUCAAGCAAGCAGUUAUGCAUAACCCCCUCAGGCUAUUUAUUUCUCUAAAUCUUUUACAGUUUUUUGUUGGUAGUUCAAACAAGAUCAAAUGUAAUCUGGCUAUAGAUUAAAAUCCCAUGUGAAUAUUCCUCAUAAACACAAAUGAUAUACAAUAGACUGUAAUUUGAUCAUGAUAUUAUUCUGAAAUCCCACUUGGAUAUUAUUUGUAGAAUAACUUUCGCCUUGAUUUGAACGUUGCUCCUUAUGGUUUCAAUUCCAUACAAAUCAACUGUGAGAUGUGCCAAGUGCUCCAUUUCGCAGCCUCUGACAAUUCCUGUUUGUUUUGGAAAACAAAUAGCCAGCAAUCCAACUCAGAGAAACAUACAUAAAAAAAAAGACACCACUUUUAGAAAAAAACAGAAAAUUAUUUCUUAUCUGAUUCAACAACUAUUUUAGACAUCAAAAGCCAUCGCUCACGCUCCUUGAGGAGCCGAGUUGUCCGACGCAUAAUCAAUACCCUUUGCAAGUUUAAGAACACAUCUUUUCUCUUCGAUGGACAAGACAAGGCACAGUCGUGAAUUUCAGCAAUAUUUUCCACAGUGACUGAUCCCUUUUUCAUGAUUCUCCCUUAAAAUAUUCAAACCCAAUGGAGUUUUCAUGUGAUUAAUUUCCUCCUCCUUGAAAGGCUUCGAGUGACAGGUAGACCACAGGGACCAUUCUUUAUUGCCAAUUCCCCUCCUCAAGUUAGCUGUUUACUCUUCUGCAGCUCCCCGAUGGGAAAACGGAUGUGAGGAAUCAUCGCAGGUGUUUGCUUGUACACAAUGACGCCUGUCUGAGUACUUGAUUGAGGGGAAAAUUGUAAAACAAACACUGUGAAUCGAGGAUCUAUCGAAAUUAUUCAGAUGUAUUUUAGAAUGCACUGUCACUAUAUUAUUAGAUUUCUAUGAGGAGAGGUAGUGAAAGCUAAUAAUGGAAUUGGUUAGAAAGGGCACAUAGAUUGUACUGCUGUAUGUUUUCCCUGUAUUAAAUCUCCAGUAUCUUUUUCUCUUAAAAAGUCUGUAUAAUGCCUAGUAUAUUUUCACUCAUACUGUACAAGCAAAACUACCAAUGAUGUUACAUACCUUAACCCCCUUCUCACUGAUAUGGGUGAGGUAUACCAUCUCCUGUCUAACAUGGUGAAAGACACUGGAUCGGAGACCUACUUCCUGUCCAUCCUACAGCACCUCCUGCUCAUCAGGAAUGACUACUACAUC